AUGGCUGACAACGACAUGGCGACACGAGCGCCCGAGAGCGACACGCAGGAGAACGCCCCCGAGCAGUCUGCAGGCCAUACGGAGCAGGUUGCAGCCAGCCAGAGCGUGUUCCCGGGCGACACACCUGCGCAGACAGGCCCGACCAUGGGCGAACACUGCACCACCGACCGACCGACGCCGGCGGGCGAAGUACCCACGGGCGAGCUGACGAAACUUGGCGGCGUCGAGUGCUACAUAACGAAGCCCUCCGACUACCCCCACGCACCGUCGAAGCUGCUGCUCCUGCUCACAGGCGGCACGGGCGUCCGGUCUACAAACAAUCAGCUGCAGGCUGAUAAAUAUGCUGCCGAGGGGUACCUGGUCGUCAUGCCGGAUCAGUUCGAUGGCGAGCCGGCCACGAGCACAGUCACCAUGGAGCAAGUCAACGAGACGACAUCAUGGCUCGACACGGUCAAGCUGAAGCUGGCCGAGGGCGUCAAAGCAUUCACAAUCGACAUGUGGCUUGCCAAGCACACCCCUGAGAAAGUCCUGCCAGCCCUGCACAAGGUCGUCGAGGGCGCCAAGGAGGAGUUCGCAGACGCCCUCGCCAACGGCGGCGGCGUGUACGGCGUGGGAUACUGCUUCGGCGCCAAGUACAUCCUCAUGCUGGCCGGCGAGCUCCCAGACACGGUCGCAUGGGGCCAGGCAGCCACUGGAGACGAGGAGCAGGGCACCGUCAAGAAAGCACCCGUGCUGAAGGCCGGCGCCGUCGCCCACGGCACCAUGGUGUCGAGAGGCGACCUCGAAGCUGUGCGGUCACCCGUCUACAUCGCAGCGGUCAAAGACGACCCUCUGUUCCCCGAAGAUGAUGUGCUCACCCCAGGCCGGCGCGCAAUGGAAGCCAACAAAGUCGAGCACGAAGUCAAGGUCUACGACGGCGUGCCGCACGGUUUCGCGGUGUACGGAGAUUACGACGACGCCAAGAUCAAGCACGAGCAGUCGCAGGUCUUCGGGGAGAUGCUGUCAUGGAUCCAGGGCCAUUGA